UGUUCCAGGAGGGUGAACCAGGGCAUUUUCCAUUGUCCUCCUUGGCGUUGUUUCUCGGGUCUGCUGGGGGACCCUGAGUUCUAAAUGUUCGCGGAAGGUCUGCUAUUGCCAAGCGGAGAGAGACUGUGUUGUUGAUUAUGCUUUUCUGACAAAGGGACGAUCUGAGAGAGGCAGAGUGGCUGUGAGAGGAGCACAGAGCGAGCGGAUCGGAGCGGCUGUUUAAAUCGGGGCAAAGCAUCCACAUCACAUCAAACAUGCCUGUACGAAGAGGGCAUGUUGCGCCGCAAAAUACCUUUUUGGGGACCAUCAUACGGAAAUUCGAGGGCCAAAAUAGAAAAUUCAUCAUUGCCAAUGCAAGGGUGCAGAACUGUGCAAUUAUCUAUUGCAAUGAUGGAUUUUGUGAGAUGACUGGCUUCUCGAGGCCGGAUGUCAUGCAGAAGCCUUGUACCUGUGAUUUUCUACAUGGUCCAGAAAGCAAGCGGCAUGCAAUUGCUCAGAUUGCCCAAGCUCUGCUCGGCUCAGAAGAGAGGAAGGUGGAUGUCAUAUUCUAUCGCAAGGAUGGAUUCCAGGAUCAUUAAUUAUGUUUUAAGAAUCAAAUUCCACAAUCCCACCUACCUUUUUCUGUGAACUCAUAAAUCAAUG